ACCAUGAGACUCCUGCUGCUGGCUCUUCCUGUCCUUGCGUUCCUACCCCAAGUGAUCCCAGCCUUUAGUGGUGAAAACAAAUGCUGGAACAAAUUGGGGCACUGCAGGAAACGCUGCAAAGAUGAAGAAGUGAUACGAGAAGUAUGUAAAAAUCAUCGAUUCUGCUGCGUUCGAAAUCAUCCAGUCUGGGUUCCAACUGAUAAAGUCCCCAAGCAAGCUCCUGAGACAACUUCCGAAUCUGCAUAUGAUUUAUCAACAGGAAUUAUAGAUGUAAUUAUGACAAUAGAGCCCUCUGUAACCUACUUUGAAGUAAGCACCGAGAAUGAACCAAGUGAAGAACCAGGCUUGGGAACUCAGAUCACCCUUCCAAAGGUUCAUCGCAGCUCAUGA